AUGGACUCCAAACACACUCCAUACAGCUCUGUAGCCGAGACGUCCAGAAUCCUUGAUUUUCUACUGCCAUUGUUCGACCAUGUCUCCCUCCCAGCACAAGCGAGAAAUAAGCGUGCAAAUGUCCGCUUCACAGGCACCAGGGACCAGCCGUACUUCCCCAUCCCCUUCAAAGAAACCGAGCUCUCCGCCGCAUUGAAAGCCAUAGAGGGAUGCGUGGCCUCGGCCCUGGCAGAUGAGAAAUUCGGCCAGGAACAAAGAGACAGACGGAUCGUCGUGGACCAGGAGAAGACCACGGCAUUCCUGUUCCAGGCUUACCUGGCGAGGGUCGGGGGGCUUGGAAAACUAGACGACAAGGUUCGGGCGCUUUUGAAAGCUGAGGGAGAGGCCCUAGACACCGACCUGUUGCAGGCGCAGUCAAACCCGUACCGGCGCAUGUCUGCGAAUCUGUACGAGACUGCCGAAAAGGGCGAGUAUUAUCAUAUCCAUGGGUCUCUGGAGGCGUCGACCACGUUGAGCAUGAUUGGGCUGGCGCCGCACCGCCCGGACCUGGAGUCGCACCAAGACAUUGUCGAUACCAUCGAGCCGGCGGUAAGGAAGUAUACCGUUGAGCAGCUGGAGGCGAUGAAUGCCCAACACCGACAAGCUGGCGUCAAGGCGUUUCGGCACGAUGAGUUUCUACAGACUCCGCAUGGCAGAGAAAACUGGUCACUGCCGCCUUGGUCGGUUGAGAACUUGGAGACGAGCACGCCCAAGACGCCGCUGCCGAGCACUGGUGAUGAAAGGAUGCUAUCGGGCAUCAAGGUCCUGGACUUGUGUCGCAUCAUUGCGGGCCCGACAAUCACGCGGAUCCUGGGCGAAUACGGCGCAGAGGUGCUCAAGGUGACGAGCCCGAAUCUGAGCGACGUGCCGUUUUUCCAGGUUGAUGGAAACAUGGGAAAGCGCACCGCCGAUCUCGAUCUGAAGACGCCAGAGGGGCGGCGAGUACUCGACGAGUUGCUGCGAGAUGUAGAUGUCGUCGUGGACGGAUACCGGCCCGGCGCCUUGGAGAGGCUCGGCUACGGACCGAAAGCAAUGGCGGAUAUUGCUGCCAAACGAGGCAGGGGCAUCGUGUACGUCAGCGAGAAUUGCUUCGGAUACAAGGGCGAAUGGGCAGGCCGGCCUGGCUGGCAGCAAAUCGCCGACUGUGUAAGUCGGCCUAUCCAUCCAUCCCUCUUUGGCCUCACAGCACUGACACUUGCCAUGACGCAGGCCACGGGCAUCGCGUGGGAACAAGGGCGCUUCAUGGGCUUGGACGAGCCCGUUGUUCCGCCGUUUCCCAUUUCCGACUACGGCACCGGCUGCAUCGGCGCCAUCGCCGCCUUGGCGGGCCUGUAUCACCGCGCGACAAGGGGCGGAUCAUGGCACGGCAUGGCUUCUCUUUUACACUACGACCUGCUCCUGUUCAAGGUCGGCCUGCUCCCACGGCAUGUCCAGGAAGAGCUCCGAAGACAGGCGGGGCCAGAGUUUCUCGCCUUGCGUCACGCUCAUAGCGUAGACCAGAUUUCGGGGACGGCCCUGAGACGCAUGCGGCAGCUAUUUCCGGAGUUUGUAGAUGAUCCCAAGUACUUGGAUCACUGGUAUUCGGAGGGGUACAAGGCGAAUGUAUCUGCGGUUUUACCCGUGGUGGAGAUUGAAGGCUUGGAUAUCAGUUUUCAGAGGGCGAGUCGGCCGAAUGGAAGCAACACGGCGAGCUGGGAUCGUGGUGACGGUGGUGAGGAGGGGGAUCGUAGAAUAGCGGCCAGUUAG